GCUUUAAUCAGCAAGUGGGUGAAGCAAGGGGUUGAACAGUCAUCGUCCAAUGUCUACCCGUGUGCACCCGAGGCUGCUAGACAGUUGUCAUUUUAUCUUCUUCGGCAACCUUCAGCAGCUUCAUCAACAUCAAUGACUUCCAACAUCGUUGUUGUUGCCGCUGGCAUCCUCCUCGCUGGCUUGGUGCACUGUCAGCCACAGACGUUCGACCUGUUGGAGCUGUGCGGCCAGACACACCUGGUGACGUCAUCAGCCCUACUGGUGGCCGACGUGGAUGGCUACUCGGGUACAGCCGAGAACUGCCAGGUGAAGGUGGUGUCUCGCCACGAGAACCUCUUCAACCAUCUCCGCCUGCAGCUGCUGGAUGUGGACUCCGACUGCAGGUACCUGCGGAUGUACAUUCGUGACGUCAAAACCUCCUGGCACUCAGACAACAUCUGUGGCACGGGAUGGUCGUCCAUCAUGUACGAAACAUCGGACACCGCUGUCAUCGACGUGUGGAAAGUUGGCGGCUAUUUCAACAGAAACAUGAAGUUCACACUCUUGGCGACUAGUUUUUCUAAUGACAUCAGCUCUGGAGACUUUGUCUGCGACAACUCUGAGAGCAUCGACGACAGACUCCGCUGUGACGGCUACAACAACUGCGGCGACUGGUCUGAUGAGAGGUCGUGCACUUUCCUGACGUGGCCCUGGAAGGUGGCUUUCAUUGUUGGAGGGUGCGGCCUGGGCCUCGUCAUCGCUGUUGUCAUCGUCGUUCAUGUCAUCAGGAGACGCAACCGUCGGGCGGCGCACAAUGCCCUCACUCGCGCUCCGGUUGCUACGCCAGUCAAGCAGACCGAGGUACCCGGACUACCUUCCUACGGCUCCAUCGCCGCCUUCCCACCACCGCCACCCUACUCGGCCGUCGACAGUCAGGUCAACGUGCCACCCGCUUCCCCACCCGUUUAUCAAACAGAAGAAGCGACUGAAGCUACACCCACCGGACGCUAAUUUCGUUACUCGUGGAGGACAUUGGGGGUACGUCACCCACCGUCUACCCUGUCGGUGGUCACGUGCCUUGGUGUGACGCUCCCGUGUGGUGUUGUGACGUCACGCAACCGUCGCGUCUGUAAUUAAAACAUUAUUUUUGUGUUUAUUUAAUAACCUUUAACAUGAGUUUACAUUAGGAAAUCGUUGAAGAUACAGCCUGAGUUUCUUGUCGUGUAAAUGUUUACAGUGGAGUGUCCAGUAGUAAAAGAUGAAACUGAAUCGCAGUU